AUGAAUUUGGACUUGAAUGCUGCGGGUGAAAAACGUCUAUUACAACUUAAUGAGCUGGAUGAGCUCAGAAUGGAGGCCUACGAAAAUUCAAGACUCUACAAAGAACACACCAAGAAGUGGCAUGAUAUGCAUAUUCAGAGACGUGAAUUUAAGGAGGGGCAAAAAGUAUUUUCACAUGGGGCAGUUGAGAUCACUUAUGACGGUAAGGGGACAAUCAAGGUCAAUGGACAGCGUUUGAAACAUUAUUGGGGCGGCCAUUUCUCAAAGGAAAAGUCUACCGUUCAUCUUAAACCACUAGAAUGA